AUGCAGUUUAUGAUGCCAAAGGAUUUGCCCGCUCGUCCCCCUUACUCCGUUUUCCAGCGGUACAAGCACUCCGCCAGCUACGCGCCCGCCUCCAGCAACGCCAACGACCCUGUCGAGACCGUCCCGUAUGGUAAACGCCGCAGCAAAGAACUACACCCGCCGACUCCAGUGCUCACCCUCCCGUUCCCUCCGAACUCACAUGAGGGUAGGCACCUAUGUUGCAAACAGUUUUGCGAGCGCUACGCGACCGACAAGGCCGACUUUGAGCAGCAUCUAGCUGCACGCGAAAUCCAACAGGCACGCAAACGGAUCCUCACCGGUUUGUCUAAGCCGACAUUCAAGCAGCAUCUCACUGCAAUCCCACCGGCGACACAUACGCUGAUUACCCCGAAGCCGGUACUCAUUGACUUUGACAAGCACACUUCCACCGACCUCGUCCGCAUCUUCACACCAAAGUUCAAAGGCACGCUCAAACGCCUCGACGUCUUUGAGACUCUCGAGCUCGACGACCUCAACUCCGACUGA